GGGGAGCCCCGCCUCCUGCGCUCCGGCCCCGCCCUCCACUCUCUGGGGCCCUUGCUGCGCGGGGCCGAGUGGCAGCUGCGGCUGGCGGCGAGCGCGGCGCCUGGAGGCGGAGGAGAAGUCCGGAGGUAACGCAGCAAACCAGAAAGCAACAUGUCGGACUCAAAGUACUUCACCACCACCAAGAAAGGGGAGAUUUUUGAACUGAAGGCCGAGCUGAACAGUGAUAAGAAAGAGAAGAAGAAAGAAGCUGUGAAGAAGGUGAUUGCCUCCAUGACUGUGGGCAAGGAUGUCAGCGCUCUCUUCCCAGACGUCGUGAACUGCAUGCAGACGGACAACCUGGAGCUGAAGAAGCUGGUCUACCUGUACCUGAUGAACUAUGCCAAGAGCCAGCCGGACAUGGCCAUCAUGGCUGUCAACACGUUUGUCAAGGACUGUGAAGACCCCAACCCCCUCAUCCGGGCCCUGGCUGUGCGGACCAUGGGCUGCAUCCGAGUCGAUAAGAUAACGGAGUACCUUUGCGAGCCACUGAGGAAGUGCCUGAAGGACGAGGACCCCUAUGUGCGCAAGACGGCUGCUGUGUGUGUGGCGAAGCUGCACGACAUCAACGCGCAGCUGGUGGAGGACCAGGGCUUUCUGGAUACUCUGAAGGACCUCAUCUCGGACUCCAACCCGAUGGUGGUAGCCAACGCAGUGGCUGCCCUCUCCGAAAUCGCGGAGUCCCACCCGAGCAGCAACCUGCUCGACUUGAACCCGCAGUCUAUCAACAAGCUGCUCACCGCCCUGAACGAGUGCACGGAGUGGGGCCAGAUCUUCAUCCUGGACUGCCUGGCCAACUACCUGCCCAAGGACGACCGCGAGGCCCAGAGCAUCUGCGAGAGGGUGACACCCCGGUUGUCCCACGCCAACUCUGCCGUGGUCCUUUCAGCUGUGAAGGUGCUGAUGAAGUUCAUGGAGAUGCUUUCAAAGGACCUGGAUUAUUACGGCACCUUGCUGAAGAAGCUGGCCCCCCCGCUGGUCACCCUGCUGUCGGCAGAGCCCGAGCUGCAAUACGUGGCGCUCCGGAACAUCAACCUCAUUGUGCAAAAAAGACCUGAAAUCCUCAAGCAUGAAAUGAAAGUCUUCUUCGUGAAGUACAAUGACCCAAUCUAUGUCAAACUGGAGAAGCUCGACAUCAUGAUCCGCCUGGCCUCCCAGGCCAAUAUUGCACAGGUUCUGUCUGAGUUGAAGGAGUACGCCACGGAGGUGGACGUGGACUUCGUGCGGAAGGCUGUCCGAGCCAUCGGCCGCUGCGCCAUCAAGGUGGAGCAAUCGGCGGAGCGCUGUGUAAGCACGUUGCUCGACCUCAUCCAGACCAAGGUCAACUAUGUGGUGCAGGAAGCGAUCGUUGUCAUCAAGGACAUUUUCCGCAAGUACCCCAACAAGUACGAAAGUGUGAUCGCCACCCUGUGUGAGAACCUGGACUCCCUCGAUGAACCUGAGGCCCGGGCCGCCAUGAUCUGGAUCGUGGGGGAAUAUGCUGAGCGCAUUGACAAUGCGGACGAGCUUCUCGAGAGCUUCCUGGAGGGGUUCCACGACGAGAGCACCCAGGUGCAGCUGCAGUUGCUGACGGCCAUUGUGAAGCUGUUCCUGAAGAAGCCCACCGAGACCCAGGAGCUUGUGCAGCAGGUCCUCAGCUUGGCCACGCAGGAUUCAGACAACCCUGACUUGCGGGACCGUGGCUACAUCUAUUGGCGCCUGCUCUCCACGGAUCCCGUGGCAGCCAAGGAAGUGGUUCUGGCCGAGAAGCCUCUCAUCUCCGAGGAGACCGACCUGAUUGAGCCCACGCUGCUGGACGAGCUGAUCUGCUACAUCGGCACGCUGGCCUCCGUGUACCACAAGCCCCCCAGUGCGUUUGUGGAGGGCAGCAGGGGUGUCGUUCACAAGAGCCUCCCUCCGCGGACGGGCUCAAGUGAAAGUGCAGAGAGCCCAGACGCCGUCCCUGCAGGGCCUCCCCCGUCCGAGCAGCCGGCCGUCAUCCCCACGCAGGGUGACCUCCUGGGUGACCUCCUGAACCUUGACCUAGGACCCCCUGUGAGUGGCCCGCCGAUCGCUACCUCAUCCGUACAGAUGGGCGCCGUAGACCUGCUUGGCGGAGGCCUGGACAGCCUGAUGGGGGACGAAUCGGAAGGGAUGGCUGGCCCUAGCUUCGCGGCGCCCAGCACCGUCCUGCCCUCCAACCUGGGGGCGCCCCUUGGCGGGGGCUUGGGAGACCUCUUCGACUUGGCUGGCGGCGUGGGCACCAUGUCGGGAUCCUACGUCGUGCCCAAAACGGUCUGGCUUCCGGCGGUGAAGGCCAAAGGCCUGGAGAUCUCGGGCACCUUCAGCCGCCAGGUGGGAUCCCUCUCGAUGGACCUCGUGCUCUCCAACAAGGCCCUGCAAGUCAUGUCAGACUUCGCCAUCCAGUUCAACCGGAACAGCUUCGGGUUGGCCCCUGCCGCGCCUCUCCAGGUCCAUGCCCCGCUUGCCCCGAACCAGAGUGUGGAGCUCUCCCUCCCCCUCAACACUGUUGGCUCGGUCAUGAAGAUGGACCCCCUCAAUAACCUCCAGGUUGCAGUGAAGAACAACAUUGAUGUUUUCUACUUCAGCACCCUCUACCCUUUGCACAUACUCUUUGUGGAAGACGGGAAAAUGGAGCGUCAGAUGUUCUUGGCCACCUGGAAAGACAUCCCCAAUGAGAACGAAGCACAGUUUCAGAUUAAAGAUUGUCCUCUGAAUGCAGAUGCCGUCAGCAGCAAACUGCAGGGCAGCAACAUCUUCACCAUCGCCAAGAGGAACGUGGAGGGCCAGGACAUGCUGUACCAGUCGCUCAAGCUGACCAACGGCAUUUGGGUCUUGGCAGAGCUGCGGAUCCAGCCGGGGAAUCCUAACCUCACGGUAUGGCCCUCCUGGCUCGCUUGUGCAGAUGGGCAUCAGGCCGUGGGUAGCCGGGAACGAGAGGGAGCGGGCUGCCCUUUCUGCAUGUGCCGAGGACGUGGGAACAGCCUCGCCUCUUUGGUUCGUGGGUUGCAGGUGGGGCUGUAUGGAAGCAAGGAAGUGGGCUUGCCUGGGCACAGUGGGUGUCAUGCCCACGUCUCUCUCUUGCUCCCACUGGAGGCGGGCUAGCCGGGUCUUCUUUGGGGGCUUCCUUCUCGAGGACAGACCAUGAUGUGUCCAUUGUUAAUUGUUAAAGGGAUUUGCUCGAGUCAGAAGAGCAAGUUAAUCGUGCUCUUCCUCAGAGAUGGACGUCCCUAAGCCAGCUCAGCUCAGCUCACACGAGCGACUGAGACCGCUGGAAUCUGGAGAGCGUCAAAGCAUGAAACCCCUCAGAAUGUCACCCCAUCGAACUCUCACACAACCCUGGAUGAACCCGGGUUGUCCUUCCCUCAGCAGCCCACGAUUUCCGCUUCAGGUGUCACAAUAGAUUGCCCAUGGACAAGUGGGCCUGGAGCGGGUCUGAUCCAGGCCCCUGCCAGCUGCCUCGCCUGCAUGGCACAGGGAGCCCCCUCUGGGUGGGGGUGACGUGCGAACUGGGCUGCACUUCCUGGUUCUUUGGUGUACAAAUGAAACGCGGCUGCUGGUAAGUACCUGAAUCGCUCUGUGCCUCAUCAGACUUUGGAAGCACGUAGGUCCUGCCUCACAGGGUGAAAGUGGAAAGGCAAAGAUGUGCUGCCCUUAGCAGCAGGUGAGCAGCUGGAUGCCAGGGAGGGAUGUCGGUCCUCCCUCGGUCCUCAUGCUGCGUGACUGGCCACCACUGAGGACUGGGCCAGGGCACGGCCGGGCGAGCCGAGCCGAGCCAAGCCAGAGGAGGGGCCCGCGUGCUCUGCUGAGCUGCAGAAUAAGGCGACUCGCCCGUCCUCAGAAUGCGGGAGAGGGUUGCCUGCGGCCCAUCCAGCCUCGGUUUUAAGGUAGAUUUGGGGCGCGAGGGCAAGUCCCUUGACGGGGGCAAUCAACUGCACAGUGCACAAACUGGUAUUUUUAUCUGCAUUAGUGACUGAUUUCUCUUGUCCCCCAAUCAUUUCAAUAAGCCUUCAGGUAUACAAAGAGGUUUUUAAAUUACAGUUAGAGGAUGUUAAAGAAAACAUUUAACGCACCACAGUCUGAAAGCACAGCAUGAAAGCAGGUGGCAGAAACGCAGCAGGUCCUUUAAAAAGUGAGCCUCCACAGCUGCAGGGCCGCCACCGCCAAGGCCUUGCCAGGAUCCGCCCCGAACACCUAAUGGUGCUUCAUCCAAAGAAGGCCCCCAAGUUCUGGUCAUCCGAACCUUCCUGGACUGCCUUUCCCUGCAUCACAUCCCUUCUUUUGGUCACUGGAGAGACAGGUGCCUCUUCCCCUCCACUUGGUUGUGACCCUCUUUCCUUUGCAUUGAUAAUUUAAAUCUUUAUUUCUUUUGUUUUUGUUGCUGCACGACCACCUGCCCCCCCUGCGGGCCUGUCCCUCCGAUC